AUGAGGGAUGCUGUUUUUCCCGGAUGGCAGAAUCAGAAGUCCAUCAAUCAACUGGUCAAUGUAAAGUCAAAGAUCUCGCAGCGUGCACGAUGGGAGCCGCAGGAGCCCUUGACUGGAUCACCUCAAAGCCGGAAGCGCCAUUCCGCGCUGAUGGAGGAAUUGCUGGAGAAGAUGGAAGCCCUGCAAUCCAAGAUCUCAAGCGACGAAGAUCCAACCCAGUUGAGGCCCUUCCUGGAGCCGGUGGCAGUGGAGCCCAUUGUCAGGCCACCACCAUUAGCAGCCGAGCCGCUGACGCACGAAGCGAGUGCCCGCACUGCAUCGCCGCGGCGAAGAGUGGUGAAGUCCAUGGGGAACUGGACGGUGGAAGCCAGAAUUGCACAACAGCUGGCAGAAAAGCUGGCGGCAGAGGUGCGGCUCUUUGGGACGGUGAUUCCGGACAUGAAGAACUUCCACGAGGUCGUCGAGUCAGAGGGGCGUGUGCCUCGGCACUUUCUCGUGAGCGGCUUGAUGGAACGCCAUGAAUUGGAAGCCGCCUUUCGACGCCUGGACAUCUUUGCGACACCGCAGGACAUCGAUCGCUUUGUCUCUUCACCUUUGGCGCUUAAAGAGUUGAAACAAAGGUUCCGACAGGCCAUCCAAACUCGCCGGCAGCGGCUCUACCGCCCGGCCAAUGCCGGCCCGGGAGGCAGAGUUGUGCCGCCGCGGAGCCUAUCCCCAGCCAAAGUGGUGCGGGAUGUGAAGACAUCACCACCCUGGCCAUUUGUGCCGAGAAUCAGAUCAUGA